UCCGCCCACAAGCCAGGCGAGCUCCUCUCUCACACCCCGCCCAUGCUGUGGGAAUCAGCUGAUCUGAGGCUGGCACGGUCACGUGGCCGGGGCGCGACGCCCUUUGUGGCCAUGGAGGUCGCAGUUUUCAGUGUGGUGAGGCGAGUGGAAGAGCUCGGUGACCUGGCUCAGGCUCACAUACAGCAACUAAGUGAAGCCGCGGGAGAAGACGAUCAUUUUUUAAUUCGGGCCUCUGCAGCUCUAGAAAAGUUGAAACUCUUAUGUGGAGAAGAGAAAGAAUGUUCAAAUCCAUCCAAUCUUCUAGAACUUUACACACAGGCAAUUUUGGACAUGACAUAUUUUGAGGAGAACAAGCUAGUAGAUGAAGAUUUUCCUGAAGACUCCUCUUCACAGAAAGUAAAAGAGCUUAUCAGUUUUCUUUCAGAACCAGAGAUUUUAGUUAGAGAAAAUAAUAUUCAUCCAAAACAUUGCAGUUUGCUUGGGGAUGAGCUAUUGGAAUGUCUCUCUUGGAGACGAGGAGCCCUACUGUAUAUGUAUUGCCAUUCUCUGACUAAGAGAAGAGAGUGGCUCUUAAGGAAAUCUAGUUUGCUUAAAAAGUACCUUGUUGAUGGGAUCAGUUACUUGCUACAGAUGCUAAACUAUCGGUGUCCUUUCCAGUUAAAUGAAGGAGUUUCUUUCCAAGACCUAGACACAGCUAAAUUACUGAGUGCAGGAAUAUUUAGUGACAUCCAUUUGCUGGCGAUGAUGUACAGUGGAGAAAUGUGCUACUGGGGAUUGAAGCAUUGUGCAGAUCAGCAGCCAGAUAAUCAUGAAGUAGAUACUGGUAUUUCCGGAGCCAGCUGCACUACACACAAAGAACCCUUGGAUUUUCGAGAAGUAGGAGAAAAAAUUUUGAAAAAGUAUGUAUCUGUUUGUGAAGGACCCCUGAAAGAACAAGAGUGGAAUACAACAAAUGCGAAACAAAUUUUAAACUUCUUCCAGCAUCGCUGUAACUAGUAGUCUGUCUAGUCUUUUUCAGUCAGAAAGACAAAAAGACCCAUGAAAUGGAAAAAAGUUUCAGAAAAGAAGACAUACUGACACUCAUUCUGAAAACAUUACAUAAAGCUAUCCAGUGUGGUUAGGUUACUCUUUUUAAAAUACUAUCAUCAUCUUUCAUUAUACGUUCUUAAGCCUAUGUAGAAAUGAUUCUUUUAAUUUCUAAACUGAUACAUAUAUAAAUAAAUAUCCUUUCUCACUUUGAACUAGAUAUCCUGUCACUAGUGAGGAAAACCCAAGUUAGCUUUAGUAUAAUUCUUUUCCCUGAUGCAUUAGAUUAUUUUUUAAAUUGUGAUAAAGUAUAUGUAACAUAAAAUUUAAUCUUCUGUCUUGAAGUUUGCCAUGCUUCAAACAUUAAAAUCAGCUCACCUUGUUGCUUUGACUACCUAGCAGUAUAAAUGUAGGCAAAAUGAAAGAUUAAUUCAAUGAAAGACUAAUAUUUACACUUCAUUUCUGAUUAUGUAAAUAACAAAAGGCUCCACAAUCAGUUAUGUUUAUUUUGCCAUGUGUUACUAAUCGUUUAAAAUUUUUAACUUCUUUUAGAUAUUUUAUAAAAAUGUAAAAAUUAUUUUCCUAUUUUAUUUAAAAUGCAUGUUUUUUCAAGUAAUGAAGAUUAAAAACCAACUUGGGUUUUUAAAGAUACAAACCAACUUUGUCCAUAUGUCGUUAGGAUAUAUCUUUUCAUACUGUACUAAAAAUUCAGUAUUUUUUGCUUUUAAUAGCUUGGUGAAAUACUAAAGGUCAAGGA